AUCGCUAGCUUUACACUGCACGCGCAUGAUCGUUGCAGUCGGUUUGCAGCGCGUACGACAUGAGCAUCGAAAGCUCACUAGAUAAGAAUCGGUGUCGGUAUCGGCAAUAAUGUGACCAAGCCCUAAUGAAUUAAGUUAAAUGUAAAAUAUAUUUUUUAAUAUUUAUUUUAAAAAUAAUGUGAAGUGUGUUAUUUUAUUUUACGAAAUAAUAACAGUGUGUUUUUAAUGUUUAAUAUUAACAAUAUUAUUUUAAAAUUUUAAAGUAUAUUACAACACAAUAUUUUUGUUAUAAACACUAAAACAGGAUGUUACGAAAUGAAAUUCAUAGAUUUUUUUUUGUUCGUUCAGUUUAAUAAAAAUGCAACCUUCCACUUGCUAGGCAAAGUGCAUAAUUCAUGUUUUUGAUUUUGGAUUUUAUAUUCAAUCCUAUUUUUCACGAUCGAAUUGAAUUUCAAAUAUGUCAAUAUAAACGGUGAAUGUUUUUAUUUUUGUGGACUAUUUCCCCGUUGUGUGGCUCGGAUGGGUGUUGUGUUUUGAAACGAAAUUUUUGAGCUGCACCGCUACAAUAAUCUCGGAUAUGAGAAAACUAAGCAUCUUCACAAUGAGACUAGCAAGUCUGCUGGUCCUCCACGCAGCGGGAGCAGGUCUUGCUUCACCCACAGUCCUGGUCACCAGGCCUGUCUCCAAAGUUCCAGUGGAAUGGUUGCCAAUAGACAACCAAACUGUCUAUAGGUUGGGUGAAGGGGAAAGUAGAAGCUUGGAGCUGAACACUUCAUCCAUAUCCCAGACUAUAGUGUACAUUACCAUCAGCCCGUGUUCCAGAGAUUUUCACUGGGCAUUAUAUUAUGGGAAAGCUGGAAAUAAUAAUGGCCAACUUAUACUUCAGAAAGAAAGUGGGAGUGGAGAAAUGAGCACAUUUUCUGUUAACAUAUCACAAUACGACAAAUAUGUCAUGGUUCUAUCAACAACGCGAGGUGGCGCUGCUGUAGUCAGUGUUCGCGGUGAGGCCACGAGACAUGUGCGCAUGCGGCUUAGGGUGCGUUCGCGCAGAAGGCUCGCUGCUAAUUGGGAACCCAGCCCAAUCGACCCUCAAGAAACAACAUACUGCGUAGUGGCAUCACACAGAAAGAACUACACUUCGCUCUGUGCUGCUCACCACGAUAUAAAAAUGAGUCGCUUGGAGAACAGAUCUAACAGGCUGAAUCAAGAAAUGGAUCGUAUCAAACAAAAUGAACGAUUAGACAAUGAAACACGUUUUGAUAUAAUAUCUGAAGUAGAUAAUAAGAUCAAUGUGGAUACUGAUUCUUUUAACAUCUAUGAAGGAAAUUUCAAUAAUGUGUUUAGAAGGAAGAAGUUUGGUCGCAGCACUAAAGUGACAGAUGAGGAUCCAGUUAUUGCAUGCGUUGGUGGAAGAACGCAUCAUUUGAUAGAAAACCUGGAUCCGAGUACGACUUACUUCGUUAGCGUGUUUGGUGUAGCCAAGGACCGUCGCUCUGGGUCUUUGUUAGCGACGGGCAGCGUACGUCCACGCACGUCCACGGCAAAGCGGCUUCGAGAAAACAUACCAACCAAAGCUGAUAUUAGAGGAAGAAGCGUAUUUUAUUUUAAGGCAACAAUCGGUGCUGGAGGUGGUCUUUGGUUGACCCUAUCUACGUGUGGAGGUGCAGUCGAUGUCGAAGUUCUAGUCAGGGGUAAAAGACUUCACAUGGUCAGGAAUAUUGACCCACACUCCAAGUUCUUCGUGCCAGCACCAAUAACUACUUCUUCAAUACAAGAGACCAGUGAUGAAGGAUCUGUGCAGUUUGACUCUAGUUCUGAGGAAGCUCGAAUGAGAUACGUCAUCAAAGUCGUGCCCAGUAAAUGGGACAGAGAUGGCGCUGUUGGCAUUGAAUUAACAGCAUCAACAACGCGAUGGGGUAUGAACACUCCAGAACUAACUGAAGAUGGUGCCAACGUUAGAGAACUUCGGCCCAUCAGGUCCUGCAGAUCCGUGGAUGUAGCUUUCUUACCAGCCACCCAUAAUGCUACGGAUGUUAUCAGAUACUGCAUCAUCGCUAGAGAGACGAUAAGCGGAGAGGCAUACGGAUGCUGGUCGACGAGGAAAGCAGUCAAGGGCCAAUGUGUUAACCAUACACAGAAAACAUCCAGAGUAAUAAAGCAAAAAAUUGGAGGCCUUAAAGCUGGAAGGAAGUAUGCGAUCCAAGUUAUAGCUUCAAAUAAAGGAUAUUCGGUGCCAUACAAUACGUUGUACGUAGACACGAAGGUUUCAUGCAAGGAGGAUUGAAAUGUAGAGAUCUAAUGUUUUGUUCAGCAAGAAGGAAUGUAUAAAAAAUAUGCUUCAGCAAACGAAAAUCCAUAGAUUUUUUUGUAGUGGGCAUAAUAGCUUAUUUAUCUACCAAAACAGAUGACGGUCAUUCGAUUUUCGAAGUUUGUUUUUGGUUUUCGUAUGGCUAAGGACGAUGGUGCAGUUUUCUAAUCUGUUGACCAAUAAUACAAUUUAAAUUAAUAGAUUUUAAAUCACUAAGCUGAAACGUGUAACAGGUAAUACGAUUGGACUAAUAAAAUCCUCAUUAAUUUGAGAUAUCGUUAUCUGUUUUGUUUUAAAAUCUUUUUUUUUUAAUUCAAAUUAACUAAACAGAAAUUUUAUUUAAAUUAUUGCCCAUUUACCCAAUCUAAAUGUUCCUAUUUCUUUUUCAAACAUCUACUUACCUUACAUACUUCUUGCAGAACAAAAACUAUUUUUGGGAACAGUAUUAGUAGAGUAAAAAAUGGUUUGAGUUGUUUCCUUUCUUAUAGUUUAGAUUAGACUAUUUUUUCUAUUUAUGUCAUUUUUUUCAAUGUAAAUAAAUCAGUUU